UGCCCAUAGCCGCGGGGGCGCGCCGUGCUGGCCCCGCCCCUGGCUCCGCCCGCCUGCCUACGCCGAAUCCGCGAGCUCACCUCCGGUGUCGCUGCAGUGUCACCCGCAGGCUCGCAGUUUCAGACGGUGGCUCGCGCCAGGCAUGGCGAAAGGUUGUGCUCAUCAUGGCCCUGCGACACUAUACCCUGGACGUGCGCCUCUCCGCGCCAGCCGACUCUCCCUCCAUUGUACGUGGACUUCAGACCAUUUUCCAGGAGCAGGAGAUGACAGAGACUGUUCAUAACACGGAAGGCCAUGGAUACCUGGCGACCUUCAUCGGCAAGAAUGGCAGGUUCCUCAUCCUCCGCAUCCUUUCCCAUGGGCUGGUGACCUUUGACCUGCAGUGCAGUGAAGGAGAUGAUCUUGCACACGUGGACCACCUGCUUGACUCGCUGGAGGCUAAGUUGAAGACUCUUCUGCACGGCACCAUCAAUAGGAUGAAGAGACUGCCGGCGCUACAGCGAGGCGCAGACGUGGACCGCUACUGGCCCACAGCAGACGGGCGCCUGGUGGAGUACGACAUUGACGAGGUCGUGUAUGAACAGGAUUCCGACUACCAGAACAUCAAGAUCCUGCAUUCGAGCCAGUUUGGGAACAUUCUCAUCCUCAACGGGGACGUCAACAUGGCCGACAGUGACUUGGCAUACACGCAGGCCAUCAUGGGUGGGGGCCGGGAGCAGUAUGCUGGGAAGGAGGUUCUGGUGCUUGGAGGAGGCGAUGGAGGGAUCCUGCAUGAGGCUGUCAAGCUCAAGCCCAAGAUGGUCACCAUGUUUCACAUCGACCAGCUGGUGAUCGAUGGCUGCCGGAAACACAUGAGGAAAACGUGCGGAGAUGUGCUGGACAGCCUGCAGGGAGACUGUUACCAGGUGCUGGUGGAGGACUGCGUUCCUGUCCUGAAGAAAUUCGCAGAAGAAGGAAGGAUGUUUGAUUACGUAAUCAACGACCUGACAGCGGUACCCAUUUCCACAGCGCCGGAGGAAGAUUCAACAUGGGAGUUCCUGCGUCUGAUCCUCGAUCUGUCAAUCAAAGUGCUGCGGCCUGAUGGGAAAUACUUCACACAGGGGAACUGUGCAAACCUGACAGACUCCCUGCUGGAGUACGAGGGGCUGCUGGGACGGCUGUCCUGCCCUGUGAGCUUCUCCAAAGAGGUGGUGUGCGUCCCCUCCUACAUGGAGCUAUGGGUAUUCUACACUGUGUGGAAGAAGUAGACCCCGUCCUCCCACCCUAUUGGUGUGGCCGGGGCGUGGUGGAGGUGUGGUUUAGGGGCUGUGCCUGCUUCUUCUGCCUGGUUGCCCUAUGGCCACUCGUGCUGUUUUUCUUCCUUUGUGUGUGUGUGUGUGUGUGUGUGUGUGUGUGUGAGCGUGUGUGAGCGAAUGAAAGGACGGUUUGGGUUUUUAAGAGGUUUUUACUGUUGCGGUACUGCAGAAUGUACCUUGUGUUCCUGCUGGGCGGGGCUGUCCUGCGGGUGCCUGUCUUCACACUCUGGCUGAAAUCAGUUGACUCCGCCCACUGCAUGGAGCACAAGGCCCCUUUUGUUUCUGGUGCGUGGUUUUGCUGGAUGGAGGCGCAUCUGUCUGUCUCUCCCUGUCCGUCUGUCUCGGGGUCAAGUGGCUGGCUUUGAGGCCCUCCUCUCGGCCACCGCUCCGCCCCGUGAGGCAAAGCAGGCCGCAGACACCUGACGCCCCCUCCCUAUAUUUAAUUAUCUUUUUUUUCCUCUCUUUUUAAUCAUCUGAGCGGGUGUAGUGGGUUAUUUUUUUAGUGUUUUUAGUGUUUUUGCUUCUGUUGUCCCGACAAGACGGUGACUCUGAUUUAGGUUUGAUCUGUAAACGGACUGCACUGAUCCCUUGAUAUGGGCGUGUUCUAAGCAUGUUUCAAAGGGAAAAUGACGGCCUUGCCUUCCCGCUGAGAGGCUGUUUGUGACGCUGCACAGGAGUACAGAGUCCUUCCCCCCAAGCUGAGCCUUGCUGUUUGUCUGUCUCCUCUCCUUCUCUUCCCUUCACGCUCUGACCCCCAGAUGGGUGCCUCUCUUCCUCUGCCUCUUGUUUUUUCUGCCGUGGCCAUGCUCAGAGGUGGGGAGGCCCCACAGCUGGAUGGGCCGAGCUGAGUAUGGUUUAUGGGGGGGUCACGCUGCAGGUGGGAGACCUCUAGGGGCGUCCUCUGUGGCAGGGCAGGUAUCCGAGGGGUCAGACUGCUUCCCGAGCCUGCCACAUCCUACUGCACCGACAGACGCUCUGUCAGACCCCAGCUGCUUGGCAACCACCUGCUCCCCCGCUCAUGACCCCCCCCCAACCCAGAAUGCCCUGGGGGUAUCUGCACAGGAUGGGAGCUGUGUGCCUGAACACAUGUGCUGCAGUGACCGAGUCAGUGGGGCUGCACCUCUCCACAUGUGUGACAUCUAGACCUGUAUCACGACGUGGGGGUGGGCAGAUGGUAGUGGGGGGGCACGUACUGCCACCAGCUGCUGGGACCCCUGGUGGUGUGACUAGGGACACAGAGGCCCUUGGGCUGCAGGAGCAGCUCUCCCAGGAGCUUCCAAUCACAUUACGCGGAGAAUGAAUGGCACUUUAGAUAACGUGAAUCUCCUGGCAGCCCUGGAAAACCACCUGAGGGCUCGUUUGCUGGCUCUGCUCACCUCCGCCACCUCCUGGCCUGUUCCAUGUCACCUCGCUUUGCUCUGCCGCCCGCUCAUUGGGUGUCCCACCAGUGUCACGUCCCUAUCCUUUUAAGUGGAUGUGUGUGUCUUCGAGGCCAUGGAUCCUGUCUUUAUUUGCACUGCCCCCGGUGUGGCACCACCCAUCACCCACCUUAAUGAGCCCCUUGAGCCCGGCAUGUUAACGCCUGAGACGCUGAAUGUGUAACGCCGCUGUCUGCCCGGGCUGCGGCCGCACCAUCAUCGCCUGUGCGCUCAGUGUGAAGGGAAGGCCGUCUGUCUGUUAUUAAAUGACUAUGUUUUGUCUGUGAAGGCUGUGCUUCCACCAAAGUGAAGGAUGCUGGGAGACUGUGGGCAUCUUGGGUCUGAUCUGCACUGCUGGAUGAAUAAAUAGUUCAAUAAAGAGAGUGUGGUUCAAA